GGGUUUGUGAAGGGAUGAACGACACGGUCUCGUGUGACAACGCCACGACCGUGGAGGAGGGGAAGACGGUGGUGGGCAGUGUGGUCCUGUUCGUGGCCGGAGUGGUCGGCAAUGUCAUAGCGCUGGGCAUCCUGUACAAGCACAAGAGGCAAUCCAAGCGCACGUCGGUCUUCUACGUGUUGGUGACCGGUCUGGUGGGCACCGACCUGUCCGGGAAGUGUCUGAUCAGCCCCGUGGUCUUCGCUUCUUACGCCAGGAACCUGACCCUGAAGGCGCUCUCGCAGGACCACGACCUGUGCGCGUACUCCUCGAUAUCCAUGUCGUUCUUCGGCUUGUGCUCCACGGCUCUGCUGCUGACCAUGGCCCUGGAGUGCUGGUUGUCCAUCAGCCACCCUUUCUUCUACCAGGAGCACAUCACCAAGCGGCGGGUGGUCAUGGUGUUCCCGGUGGUCUACGCCUCGUGCCUCCUGUUCUCUUUGCUGCCGGUGCUGGUGAUGGGCAGCUACAAGCAGUACUGCCCAGGCACCUGGUGCUUCAUCCACAUGACCCCCGAGAAGGAGAGCGCCCGCUUCUACUCGGUGCUGUACGCCACGCUGCUGGGGGUCCUGAUCGUGGCCGUGUUGGUCUGCAACUUGUCGGUGGGGGUCAACUUGGCCAAAAUGUUCCGGAGGCAAAGGCGGCGCAGCACUACGACCCUCAGCUUCGGCGCCGGACACAAGCACUUGGCCCAUUCCGAGGAGCUCGACCACCUGGUUCUGCUGGUGCUCAUGACGGUGCUCUUCGUCGUGUGCUCUGCACCGCUCACGGUUCGUGCUUAUAUUGGUGCAUUUGCUCCUGACAACAAGGACAGUGAAGACCUAGUAGCCCUGAGGCUUGCAUCUGUGAAUUCAAUCGUUAACCCCUGGGUUUUCAUCAUAUUCAGAACAUCUGUAGUUCGGAAAUUAGUUUCCGUUUGUUGCAAUUAUUUUUCAAAUGCGAACACAGAUUCUGUGCCUGAAUUGAAGAGCAAUAUAUGAUUUGGACGGACUAUUUGCACUCCAUUCUUUUUCUGCUGCUUUGUUUGCGUCGAAUACGCAUGUAACUCACUGCAUUUUACAUUCAAAUCAAUCCAAAGUGUGUGCUAUAAACGUCAGAUCAGUGAGCUGCCAACCGAAUUCAAAGAUUUGAUUCAUUUCAUCUCAGUUGUAGUCUUAAGAAUGUAGUAUAAGCUCCGACUGAAUUAUGCCUCUGCAAGGGUCACUUUUAAUCUUUUAUUUAAAGAAAAAUGUUUUAAUGGUUCGGCAUGUUAGAUAAGGUUUGAGCGCAUUCCCGAGUUUUUAAUAGCUUCGAAACAACCAAACUACAUUGCUCAAUGGAGCUCUGGGCACGCACUUAGUAGCAUCUUGUAGGUGCAAGGCUCUCUUUUGUUUACAGACAUCCCAGAUAUGUAGCAAUUAUAAAUUGGCUGUAAGUAUAACUGGAUCAUUCAAUAGUGGUGGAAGGUUCAUCGCAUGUUUGUAAAUGACACCAUAAGAGGUUAAUGCUUAAUUCAACAAAUGAAUGCUACUUGAAAUCUAAUAAUGUUACACAAACCUUUUAAAAACAAUAGUAAAUGCCCGAAGCAACAAAAAUAAUUUGAAAGGUCUUAAAGUUACCAGUGGUAUUUUUCUUGUCGCAACAGGAGCAGCAAAACUUUAUUAUGCACAUUUAUCCAAAUGCAUGGCAACCAUUACCUGAAAGUUGAAAAUCAUGCAGUGGCGAUUUUAGGUUUGCUACAUAUUACAAUCUUAAUUUAAUAACACUGCUACCUGUUCGCAUGCUCUUUAAAGAUUCCAUUGCAUGUUAUCUUUCAAAAAAGACUGCUGGGUUAUUCAUUUCUUCUCUAAUCUGGGUCUCCUACUUGUUCUCCCCAGACAUUGUGCUCUGUAUUGUGCUCCCAAAUAUUGUGCUCAGGAAAUUGUCCCAUUUCAGAAAUGAAAAGGACUUUUCCUCUCCCUCACCUGGCUACACUAACACUGAGAUGAACUAACACAUCUGAGUGGAUUGACAGAGGAUUGCAUUUGAUGUCUCAGUACAAUAACCGCAUGAUAGCUACCAAAUAAGUAAGCUUGUUAAUCUGAAAAUUUGCUAACCAGAUUAACCUGAACAUUCUCAAACUGAAAUCUGAUUUUAUACCACAAACUGAUUAAUGUGGUGAUGAGGAAGAAUUUCUGUAAACUGUGACCAGAAACCAGAAUGAUUUCAUUAUAAACUAAACAUAAAAUACUGCGGCUGCUGGAAAUCUGAAAACAGAAACAGAAGUCACUGGGAACACUCAGGAGGU